AUGGAAAAUCAAGUUAUCAUAGGAGCUCUUUUUCAGGAAGGAACUUCACAAGUUAGACCACCAUACUUCAACGGACAAUAUUUCUCUCACUGGAAAGUGCGAAUGGAAAUCUUUGCCAAAGCUUAUGAUGUCAAAGUCUGUAGAGUCAUCAAAAAGGGAAACUAUCCUUUACCAGUUGCCACUCCACCACUUACUGAUCCUAAAGAUAUAGACUCAUAUUCAAAAGAGCAAAUGAAAGUGGUACAACUUAACAACAAAGCGAGAAAUCUGCUCCAUAAUGCUAUAAGUGGUGAAGAAUAUGAGAAAAUAUCAAGCUGUGACACAGCCAAAGAAAUGUGGGACAAGUUUGAGGUCACUUAUGAAGGAACCAACAAAGUAAAGGAAACACAUAUCAACAUGUUGGUCCAUGAUUACGAACUCUUCUCAAUGAAAGAAGGAGAAUCCAUUGAAGAGAUGUUUGCCAGGAGUUUGCCAACCACUUGGCAGACCAAAGUAGUCACACUGGAAUCUCAAGAUCUAAACAAAUUAUCCUAUGGUGAACUACGAGGAGAACUCAUUGCCUUUGAAAAGACGCAUCUCAACAAGACCAAUCAAGAAGAAAAAAAGAAAAUAAUUGCAUUCAAAACCUCUAUUGAAAUAGCUGAAAACAAAAUUGAUGAUGAUCCUGAAGCUUUGCAAGAAGAGAUUGCUAUGUUAUCUAGAAACAUGGAUGAAUUAAUGAGAAGAUACAAGAAUGUAAGGAAAGGAAGAAUUCCACCAAGACAAUCUAGGCAAUACAACGAGCAGGAUAAGAAUGAUGGAAAAUUUUAUGAAUGUGGGAGAUUUGGGCACAUUCAAGCUGAGUGCCCAGAACUAAAGAGGAAGAUCUCUAGAGGCUUCAACAAAAACAAAUCCUUCGGAAGCUGGAGCGAUGAGGAUAAUUCAGACCAUGAAGAGAUAGCAAAUCUUUGCUUUAUGACAAUUCUGGAAAACGAAAUGAACAAAUCUUCAGGAUGCUGGACAGACGAGGACAUUUCGGAUGACGAAAAUGAAAACUGUUUCAUGGAUAUUCUUGAUUUAACGUUGAAAGAGUCUCAAAAAAUGAUGAAUGAGCUUAAGAGACUCACUAAGGAAGUUAAUGACUGGAAACUCAAACAUGAAAUGGUUUACAAGUCAUCUGGAAAAGGACCAGCCAGAACCAAGUCCACUAGUACUAAUGAAAGACCUAAAAGUGGUCAGAAGUUAAGUGUCACUACUGACCCAGGCAAGCUUGGAUACCUAAAAGAAAGUAAUCAUCUUGUUUUCCAGGAAUACCACAGAGUAAGCCGCAAAGGAAAAUGGUAUCUAGACAGUGCGUGUUCUAGUCAUAUGACAGGUGACAAAAACCUGUUCAAAGAAGUUACAAAAAUUGAUGGGGGAAGUGUUAAGUUUGGGGAUGAUUCAAAAGGCAAAAUAAUUGGUACUGGAACAAUUCCCUUCAAUAACAAUUGUGACAUCACUGAAGUUUAUCUUGUUGAUGGUCUCAACUACAAUCUUUGA